AUGUCAGUGCUGAAGGGUUGUAAUGAGUCCUUUACUGCAGCUGAUGAGAGGUGCCAGAAAGCAAGUACCCAGUUCUUUUCAGAUACUGGUUUCAUGGCCCUACUCUGUUGUCAUGAUCAUGUCAUUUACCUUGCAAAUAUGACUUCAGCUGGGGAGAGGCAACACUAUGCACUUGCCCUCAUCAAAUCUCUUUUUGACCAUCUCCCAGAUAAUUUUCAUAUUGGGCUGUUAUAUGACAUAGGAUGUCAACUGGAACAGAGCUGCAGGAAGUGGGGUUUUCUCAAGUCAUUUCUGCCAUGUAUUUCUUUUGCCAUCUCAGUAUUUCAUGCCUUUGGUCAUCAAUGGGCAUCCUUAGAGGCUGUUGUGGGACAUCCCACUGCUUGCCCAAGGGGGGGGAGGGAUGUCCCAAUGUAG